UGUGAAUGGGUCUGCCACAGUGGAUAACAUUAAUCCUUUACACCCAACAUCCCUGACAUCUAGUUUGCAUGGCAAGCAUAGCACCAAGAUAUGCCCUGAGUUAAAAUCCAAAAAUCCAGUUCUCACUUUUGAUAUAUCUUCUUAUCCUGACGUGUUUUCAACUCUCAGAAGCCAAAGAGGCCUGUAUGAUGCUUGGAUAAACUUCUCUUUACAACUUUCCCUGAUGCAGACUCUUGGGGAAUCUGCUGCCACUCACAUGCUCGUCACUCCUACCCAUAUGCGCCACUACAAACAUGGCCGUUGUGAUCCCACCUACUCAGUCAGCAUGAAGUCUCGUAAGUUAGUAGGUGUCUUGUCGUCAAGCAUUCGCCCAGACAACACAAUCCAAUACACAAAUGGCCUUCUAAAUUUGUUUCAUGUUGCAUAUUUGGAACACAAGACUCUCAUAAAAAACACCAAAACUGGACAUGGGGUAGGUCCCCAUUUAGCUGUCCUUCGUCAAGCUUUACCAAAUGACAAUCCAUUGAAAAAGUUUAUGGACCUCUUUGGAUGUCCCUCUGUGUACCUCACUGGUACCGAUCUGAUGGAGGCAGUGGAGUGUGGAGUUGGAAACGUUUAUGCCCAAGAUCAGCUCGCUGUAACCUACCUUGGAAAAAGGGACAAGGUUCGAGUUGUGCUUAAUGGGAAAGGUAGCUUCGUUCUGGUAUUGGACAAGCUUCAGGAAAACCUGAAGAUGAACUUGACGUUAGUGAUGAUUUUAGCGCUCAGAUAUGCAAUUGCAUGUCAAAUGGGAGCUCUGGAGUGUCUCCUCAAACAAAACCAAAUGAAAAACAUGAAUGGUGAGAUGAGUUACUUUCCAACGAGCAAGGGCAACAACAAAACAACAGCUGAUACAACCGCAGAUGUGAGUUCGGACUACACUCUGGUGAUACAUGGUGGUGCUGGAGAAGGAAUGAUGCUGAACACAGAAGUGAUAAAUGUUAUUGAGUUUGCUCUGCAAACAGCCUUAGCCCUUGGAUCGCAAGUGCUUCAACGUGGUGGGCAAAGUCUGGAUGCAGUUCAGAGAUCAGUAGAAGCUCUGGAAGACUGUUUUCUCUUCAAUGCGGGUAAAGGCUCAGUAUUCAACAGAGAAGGCAAAAAUGAAAUGGAGGCCACCAUUGUAGAUGGCAAUCAAAUGAGGUCUGGAUCUGUUGCCUGUGUCCAAAGUGUAAAGAAUCCAAUAAAAGCAGCUCGAUGUGUCAUGGAAAAAAGCUCGCAUUCCCUCAUUAUGGGAGACGGUGCUGAGGAAUUUCUGCAAGGGAUGGAAGAAGAGGCAAAACCUGUCAAACCUGACUAUUUCUACACUGAUCUCCGUCAUAGAGAGUUAGCUGUGAAGCUCAGUGGUGUAAAUCCUUCAAAAAACAAUCAUCCUCAAACAGUUGGAGCUGUGGCAUUGGAUUGUCAGCAUGGAUUGGCUGCUGCAUCAUCAACAGGUGGGUUAGUGGGGAAAAUGAAAGGGCGAGUUGGUGAUACAGCGGUAGUUGGAGCAGGAAUUUAUGCUGAUAACACAUUAGCAAUUAGCUGCUCUGGAGAUGGCGAUGUGUUUCUAAGACACACAGUUGCACAAAAAAUCGCCAGCCUCUACCAUCUUAAAGGCUGUAGUCUCAGACAGGCAUGUAGAGAGGUGAUCACAGAAAACCUGAAAGAUGUAUGUGCAGGAGUCAUUGCAGUUGAUUCUAAAAGGGACGCUGUUAUUGAAACAAAUGCUGGUGUCAUGUUUGUAGCCACAAAUAUAGGUGGAAUAUCAAGAGUCGAGGUGCUUCGACCCCUAAAGAAUGUCUCUAAUGUGAUCUGGGAAAAAGAUGACCUGAUUGCAUACCUUAAUCCCAACCCUUGGACCCCUGGGUCAACUAUUUUGAGCAGAAAAACUCUGAGUGGGGCCCAGAGCAUCUUCCAUUUGGCUGAACCUGAUUUUGUGUGUCUGCUACAAGAAGCGAAAUCUGUAUCAAGUAUUCUAUGUGGACAACUGGGCGUUCAACGUUGUGCUUUGGUUUUCUAUCCCAACGCCAAUCAACCAGCACAAAUCAGACUGCUACCCCUACAUGGUUUAGGGCCAAAGUGGCAUCCCCAUCUUGCCAGCCAAGAGGAAUUUUACUCUUACAACCCUGGAUACUGUACCUCUAAAAGUGGUCCACGUUGGGAUGAUGCAGCACUGGACAAGGUUCAAGCCCAAAUUAGGAAAGGAUUACCAACCACAAAUGCACCCUCUAGCUUUGAAUUUUUGGGGACUUGCUCUGAUGAUGACCUAUUCAGUCGCAUUGUACGAGGAGAGGAGCAACAGUGGAGAGUAUGGGAAGACAGUCAACAUGUUGCCUUUCUAACACCCUACCCAAACACUCCUGGAAUAACUGUUGUGGUGCCACGCAAACCACUGCCCAGUGACAUCUUGAAACUGAAGGAUAAUGACUACAAAGCUCUGAUCUUGGCAACUUAUAAAGUCGCCCAACUGCUGGAAGAGGGAAUGGAAGCUCAAUGUGUUGCACUUAUCUUUGAGGGCUUUGAAAUUAACUAUGCUCAUGCCAAGCUGCUCCCUGUGCUACCUUUUCCAGAAGGCCUUAAACUGGCUAGACCACAAGCAGAAUUCUUCCUAAAAUACCCUGGAUAUGUAUCCUCACUUGAUGGUCCAGCUGCUCACCCAGAUGACCUCAAAAUGCUCUACUCCAAAAUCACUCAGUGCCAGCCUCCAAAAUCAUGGGAAGACCCUCAGUCCCACUCCAUACUCGCUAUCACGAGCCAGUGGUAUCGCAACCUGUUCCAGAUACAGAACACUCUUUUCCACAGCACAGUGGAAUAUUUUAGCAAUUCCUGUCAGUACUCUUACGCUCUGACGCCUCUCACUACAGACACCAUCUCCUCCCCAAUGGGUCUGGGGUCUGAUUCAGAGCCGGUUUCUGUUAAUCUUUUGGGUCAAGACAUCUACCUAGCAGACUCUAUGCAAUUUGUGCUUGAAUAUUUCCUCCGUUUCCAGGAUAACCUGCAGGGGACCUACUACAUAUCGCCCAGUUUUAGGGGAGAAGAUCCUGAUGCCACACACUUGAAUCAAUUCUACCAUGUGGAGUGUGAACUGUUGGGUGACAUAGACUGUGCCAUUUCAAUAGCAGAGGGAUAUUUGUGUCAUCUGACCAAGUCCAUGCUGAAGAGACACUCAGAUCUAAUCCUCAGCAUUGCUGGGACCCUCACACAUGUCAUGUUGAUGCUGAGUAAAUUGGAUGGGGAAAAAACACUACCACGAGUCUCUCUAGACCAGGCCAUUUCAAUGAUGCCUUCUGCUGAUUGCUUGGAGUGGGUACAAGAUGGUCAGCCCCAAUUUGGCAGAAAGCUUACACGCAAAGGAGAGCGGGUGUUGAUAGAAAAAUAUGGUGGUGUUGUUUGGCUGACUGAGAUGGACCAUCUAGCAGUUCCCUUCUACCAGGCCUAUGUGGAGGGCAGUGGGCAGUGCAAAGCCAAGGCUGCAGACCUUCUGCUGGGCUUGGGAGAGACUGUGGGUCUUGGUGAACGUCAUUCCACCCCUUCCAUGGUACAGGAGGCUCUCAGACACCAUGCAGUUCCACAGCAGCCCUAUAAGUGGUACACUGACAUGCGCGAGGUGAAACCACUUCUUACCAGCGGGUGGGGGAUGGGGACGGAGCGAUACUUGUGUUGGCUUCUUCAGCAUAACGAUGUAAGAGACAUACAGAUUAUUCCGAGACUCAAAGGAAAUAAGUAUAUGCCAUGAUCAUCAAUACUCUGGCAAUGGAUAUCUGACGAAUGAUAUAUCUUCUUUUCUUUUCGGCUUGUCCCUUUAGGGGUCGCCACAGCGCGUCAUCCUUUUCCAUGUAAGCCUAUCCCCUGCAUCCUCCUCUCAAACACCAACUUCCCUCAUGUCUUCCCUCCUCUGACUAAAGAUAUAUACACAGCAUGAACUGUCAAUCAUAUCGUGCCUCAAUGAUGCAAAUUAUUUGAAUGUCCAGCUUUUUUGUUAUAUUUAUUUCUAAAUAUCUUUCUGUUUCAAUGGGAACAAGAACAUUUUACUCUUUGUUUCUUCAAAAAUAAGAUAUACAUUCAUUUUUAAAGUCUUCAGUUAUUUAGAUGUUUUCAUCAAUUGAUUGUUCUCAACUUCUGUAUGAAUUUACAAGAAUUGUGCCAGCGAAAGUUGCAGUAAUGCAAACUAUGUUGCAAGGUUGACCAAAAUAUGUAAUCACAGCAUACUUCGUAGAAAUAAUACAUGUGUAAGGACUGAAGUUUUUCCUUAUUUUGUGCAAUUUGGUUGGUUUAUCACUCAUUUUUAAACCUCUGUAAGUAGAUUUUUAAUCGCAAAGGUAUGCUCCUACAGUAAAUAUUUUCCACAAAAACCCUGCUGGUUACUACCAAAGGCAAAAAAACAAACAAGCAAAAAAAACCUGUUCCUAGGGCCCCCUGAUCAUAGUAGCACCAUCUUUGAAAUAUUUGUAAAUGCAACUUAAAAGACAAACAUUUUCAGUUUUUUUCAUGAAGACUUUAAAGAAUGUAAAGUUGUCUUUCUUGUAAGUAGGACAUUUUGUGAAUUGUAUGUUGUUAUGCCAGUUUAUGUACCACAUACACCUACACACAUACUCCCCACUGUUAUUUUAAAUCAUUAAAUGGAUGGAAUUCUUCGACUCAAGAAAUAAACUACAAAUAAUUCCCUCAGAAAUUGGGCGUGCAUGAUGGGUGUCACCUUGCUGAAAUCAAGAAUGGCAUUUAUUUAGUUUAAUACAUCACAGCAACUCAAAG